AUGGAUAAUCAAACAUCGGUGUCUGAGUUUCUUCUCUUCGAGUUCUCAGAAGUUCGGGAACUGCAGGUUCUACACUUCUUUCUCUUCCUUGGAAUGUUCUUGGCAACUGUGACAGGGAAUCUUCUCAUAAUCUUGGCAGUAGCUUUUGACCACCGCCUGCACACCCCAAUGUACUUCUUUCUGGUGAAUUUGGCAAUGCAGGACCUUGGCUCUGUUUCAGUCAUUAUUCCCAAAUCCAUGGUCAAUUCCCUCAUGAACACAAGGCACAUUUCAUAUUAUGGUUGUGUUGUUCAGGUCCUCUUGUUCUUCCUCUUUGUUGGAUGCGAUGUUUACCUCCUUACAGUCAUGGCAUAUGAUCGGUACGUUGCCAUUCGUGAUCCCCUGCAAUAUGAAAUGGUAAUGAACAGAAGAGCUUGCACCCAAAUGGUUGCUGGUGUGUGGGUUGGUGGCUUUCUAAAUGCAGCUUUACACACCGGUGGAACAUUUUCAAUGCCCUUCUGUUCCAAUGUUGUCAAUCAGUUCUUCUGUGAAAUCCCACAGUUACUUAAACUUGUGUGUUCUGACUUGUACCUAAUUGAAAUUGGAAUUCUUAUGUUUAGUAUUGCAACUGGGGUUGGCUGUUUCAUUUUCAUCAUUGUUACUUAUGUACACAUCUUCAGUGCUGUUCUGAAAAUCCCUUCAGCCCAGGGAAGAAGGAAGGCCUUCUCAACUUGUCUACCCCACCUCAUUGUCUUCUCCACAUUUUUACUUACAGUUUGCUUUGUUUACCUCAGGCCCACCUCUAACACUGCCCCACAACUGGAUUUGGUAUUUACUAUACUAUAUUCCAUGGUUCCUCCCAUGCUGAAUCCAUUAAUUUACAGCAUCAGAAAUAAGGACCUCAAGGUUGCCCUGGCAAAACUUUUAGGUCUGAGGUAA